AUGGAUGCAAAACCAGUUGAUGACCCUCCACAUUCAACAGAAAAAUAUGAUGAAGGUGCAUUAUUACCUGAACAACAGAAAAAAAUCAAUGAAUUAAAAAUUCAAAAACGUAUUGAAAACGAACGCUAUCUUCAAAAACAUCCGGAAUUAAAUAUUUUAAUGAGAGACUUUAUUCGACAAGCUUGUCUACAGAAACCGGAAGAUAUCCGUCAAUUUUCAGCUGGUUAUUUUACUCAUCCCAUGCUUGAAAAACGUAUUGAAAAUUUAAUCAAAAAACAAAUAGAAACUAUCAAUGCCGAAGUUAAAGUUAUUUCUGAAGAAAUAUUUCAACGUUAA